AUGGAGAAGAGAAAUCAUGAAGGUGGGGAUUUGUCUCUGGAACUGAAUCACAUCAAGGAACAAUUAGAGAAAGAAAAGGUUCUGCACUUUCAGAAAACAUUUGCGGAUAGAUGUCUGCCAAGUGUGGGUGCACAUUUUGCAUGUCAUCAUUCUCCUGCUUUAGCCCGGGGUGAUGGAGUAAAUAAUGAUGGAGGAGACAGCAAUAUGCUUUCUUUGAGAAUGAAAACAACAUUCCCUAUUGUCAACUAUAAUACUAAUGAAGAAUUUAUACAUCCAAUUCCCGACAAACAAGUUAUCAAGCUUCCAAUGGUUGAACAGCUACCUAGAGCCAUUACCUGGGUUUUCACGGAUAGACAAAUCAUUUAUGUCAAUGGCCAGGCAGAGGAACUGAGCAGCGACGACGAAGAAGAUGAAGAAGAAGAAGAAACGGAGGAAGAAAGAGUGGAAUUUUCCAAAGAUGCAGAUCGGUUAAUAUGGGAGGUUGGGCAAAAACAUAAUUUUGAUGACCUGGUGGUGCAGAGUGCUCUCUCCAAUUUCUUCAACUUAGAUGUUUCAGAUAUUUUGAAGAGAUACAAUGAGCUCAAGAAGCUUAAGACCAAUGAAGGAGAUAUUGAUGAAGUUUCUGAUAUAUGCAUAUUUACUUCUUUUCAGGAGGCUACUGAUAGGCAUUUUUGCCGUCGUUGCUUCGUAAGUGUUCGAAUCUAUUGUUUUUUUUUUGUCAUCCCCCCCCCCCAAAAAAACAUAUAUAAAGAAAACCAAUCUAAUUUGUUUGGGAAGGAAGAUGUUAGGAAACAGUGCAGUAACCAUUGCUACCUUAAGCUAAGGGGUGUCACAGAAGCUGGUCAUUUGGUGAAUAAUGAUAACUCUGUAUCAAACAAGAAAGGGGAGAUUGUGGUCUCAGAUAUGUCUCAAGCAUACAAUGAGUGGACGUCUGUAGAGAUGGAUCUUUACGUCAAAGGAGCUAAAGUCUUUGGGAAAAGCAGUUGUCUUAUUACAAGAAACGUACUUUGCGGACUUAAGACGUGUUUAGAGGUUCACAAUUACAUGCGUGAGCAAGAUCAAUGUAAUAUGUUACUAGAAGAUGAAGAAACUUCAGAAACAGACCAUCAGGUUAAUGCAGAGACAUCGCGAAGAAAACGUAGGUUGGUCCAGAAAAAAGUCCAACUCCAAAAGCAAGAUUGUUACCCGGCUGCUAUAAAAAAUAGAAUGAACGAAAUAGACAAUUCGUAUAAGCAGUACACACCAUGCACUUGCGAGCCUGUAUGUGGAGAUCAGUGUCCUUGUUUUCGUAAUGGAAAUUGCUGUGAGAUAUAUUGCGGGUGUCCAGAGACAUGCAACAAUCGUUUUGGAGGAUGUAACUGUACAAGGGGUCAAUGUAUAAACCGAAAAUGUCCUUGCUUUUCUAAUUCACGCGAAUGCAAUCCAGAUCAUUGUCGCAGUUGUUCGCUUAGUUGUGGAGAUGGACAUGGCUCUCUUGGUGAGACAUCCACGACAAGAAAAUGCAAGAACAUGCAAAUCCUCCUUAAGAAACAUAUAAAGAUUCUCCUUGGAAUGUCCAAUGUUCAUGGAUGGGGUGCAUUUACACGGCACUCUCUUAAACAAAAUGAGUUUCUCGGAGAAUAUACCGGAGAAUUGGUCUCUAUAGAUGAAGCAGAAGAACGUGACAGAGCAGAUCAAAAGCUUGGUUAUUCCUACCUCUUUAACUUGAAUGAUAAGUUCGUCAUUGAUUCUCGCCGUCAAGGAAACAAGUUUAGAUUUCUCAAUCACUCAUCAAAUCCUAAUUGCUACGCCAAGUUGAUGAUUGUUAAAGGAGAUCACAAGAUUGGAUUAUUUGCAGCUAAAGCUAUCAGAGAAGGUGAGGAGCUGGUCUUCGAGUACAAACAAGGAGAAGCGGAUUCAUCUUCUAGCAACAGUGGUGGCUCUAAUUGAAAGAACAUCAGUCCAUCUACUUAGACUUGGAUCUGAGUAAGAUCGACACCAAGCAGUCGCUUUUGGAUUAUAAUGCUAUUUUGCUUUACUAAACCAUUUUUUUAAAAAAAAGUGUUUCAAAAAAAAAGCAAAUUUUAAGCAUCUACAUUUUAAUUGUAUUAAGAUUUUG